CUCACGAAGCCGGCUUUGGAGAGCCCGCUGCGGCGGCGGCAACAUGGCGGACGUGCUAAGUGUCGGAGUGAACCUGGAGGCCUUUGCUCAGGCCAUCAGUGCCAUCCAGGCGUUGCGUUCCAGCGUGAGCAGGGUGUUCGACUGCCUGAAGGAUGGCAUGCGGAACAAGGAGACGCUGGAGGGCCGGGAGAAGGCCUUCAUUGCGCACUUCCAGGACAACUUGCAUUCGGUCAACCGGGACCUCAAUGAGCUGGAGCGUCUGAGCAAUUUGGUAGGCAAGCCAUCUGAGAACCAUCCUCUCCAUAACAGUGGGCUGUUAAGCCUGGAUCCUGUGCAGGACAAAACUCCUCUCUAUAGCCAACUCCUUCAAGCAUAUAAAUGGUCAAACAAGUUGCAGUACCACGCGGGCCUGGCGUCUGGCCUUUUGAACCAGCAGUCGCUGAAACGUUCUGCUAACCAGAUGGGGGUGUCCGCCAAGCGCAGACCAAAGGCCCAGCCCACCACGCUCGUCCUGCCGCCUCAGUAUGUUGAUGAUGUGAUCAGCCGCAUCGACAGGAUGUUUCCUGAAAUGUCCAUCCACUUAUCCAGGCCCAAUGGAACAUCAGCAAUGCUUCUGGUGACCUUGGGAAAGGUGUUGAAAGUGAUUGUCGUCAUGCGGAGCCUGUUCAUUGAUCGAACAAUAGUUAAGGGAUAUAAUGAAAAUGUCUACACGGAAGAUGGCAAGCUUGAUAUAUGGUCCAAAUCCAACUAUCAAGUUUUCCAGAAGGUGACAGACCACGCCACCACCGCCCUGCUCCACUAUCAGCUGCCCCAGAUGCCAGACGUCGUGGUCAGAUCCUUCAUGGUUGGCCGCUCCCUGUCAUUCGUGCUGGAAGAGACAAACCUUAGAGUUCACGAGCACAUCCAGCAAAGGCUAAGUUGCUCUAGUGCAGAGGCCCCAAAAUACAGUGGCUUAAAGAACGUAGACCCUUCUCGGGGGCGCCUGGGUGGCUCAGUCGGUGAGGCGUCCGACUUCGGCUCAGGUCAUGAUCUCGCGGUUCGUGGGUUCGAGCCCCACGUCGGGCUCUGUGCUGACAGCUUGGCGCCUGCUUCUGAUUCUGUGUCUCCCUCCCUCUCUGCCCCUCCCCCACUCACGCUCUGUCUCCCUCUGUCUCAAAAAUAAAAAUAACCAUUAAAAACAAAAAAUUUGAAAAAAAUGGGGACACUCCUCUUGCCCUGAACCCCCAAGGGGAGGCGGUUCCGAUUAAAGGACUGUUCCGCUGGGUGCAGCCACUCAGCGAUCCUGUUCCUCCUACCCUGUCGCCCUACCGCCUGGCCUAGGACGCGGUCUGCAUGGUGGCAGCUGGGCCACUGGCCCCGUCCAAGUUCACUACAAGGGAAGGAUACGUGGCAACACGUGCCCGCUGUUGUAAGACCCAGACCCAGCACUGGCACGUGUCAUUUCCGCUUGAACUUCAUUAGUAAGAACUCAGUCACAUGGCAGACCCAGCUGCAAGGGCCCCUGGGAAACGUGGUCUCUAACUGGGCGGCCGUGGGUCCGGCAGAAACUCUCUCUGAAGGGAAGCAAGCCUGUUCUGGUGGAUGGUCAGCAGCCUGUCCCGAACCUCUUCCUGCCUUGGGAGUGACACUGCCCUCGGGGUCCCGUUUGUUUUAUUUGCUUUGUCCUGAGUUUUGGGUUGCGAUGGCCUUCCAGUGUCCGAUGGCCACAGCUUAGACCAUGAGUCUCCUGCUGGCCUCCUGUAGCUUUUUAUUUUACAGUAAUUGUACGUUCAGGGGAAGUUGCAAAGAUCUGUCCGGAAGGCCCGUGUGCCCUUCGCCAGCCGCCCCCCACCCCCUCCCCGGUGUUCACAUCUACAGUAGCUGACGUUGGUGCAGUGCCCAGAGUUCAUCCAGACGUCACCAGCUCCACACGCGCUGUGUGUGUCUGUGUGUAGCCCUCUGCCCUGGUGCCACUUUGUGGAACCACUGCCACGGUCCAGACCCCCUCGUCCUACCCCUUUCUAGCCAUGCACGCCUCCUCUCCCCAUCCCUGUCCCCAGGCAGCCACCGAUCCGUUCCCCAUCUCCGUGACCGUCUUUGUCACCUGGCGUCACAUGCCUGGAAUCACGCACCGCGUCUCCUCCUGAGGUUGCCUUUUGUCGCUCAGCCUCGUCUCCUUGUGGCUCACCCAGGUCAUUGUGCAUAUCAGCCAACCACUCUUCUUCAUCGCUAAGGAAUAUGCCGUGCCGUGUGUCACCACACCUCGACCGUUUAUCCACGCGGGGACGUUGGGAGCCUCCGGCUUGCAGCUCUUCGGGGUAAAGCUGCCGGGAGCAUUGUGCGCAUGUGUCUGCGUGGAAGUGGACGCCCGUGAGGACGAUCGCUGGGCCGCCCCGUAAGUCCGUUUUCAGCUCUAAAGGAACUGCCAAACCAUCUUCCAGAGUGGCUGUGCCACUUGACUUCCCCGCCAGCCGUCUGAGGGAUCCGGCUUCUCCACAUCACCACCGGCGUCUGGCGUCGGCGCCACUUCCUGUUUUAGCCACUGGACAGGUGUGUGAGGCACCAGCUCAGUGUGCUUUUUAUUUGCAAACCUCCCCCCUGGCCCCCCACCCCCAAAUAGCUAACGCUGCUGAGGAGCCGGUCGUGGGCCUGUUUAUUUACCAUGUGUGUGUAUCAGCCCAGGUGAAAGGUCUGUGCAUGUGUUUUGCCCAUUUUCCACUUGGAUGAUCUUUUACUGUUGAGCGUUGGGAGUUCCUCUUACAUUCUAGGUGCGGAUCCUGUGUCGGUCAUAUGACGUGCACCUAUUUUCUCCCGGGCUGUAGCUUGCCUUUCAUCCUCUUAAGGGGAUCUUUCACAGAGCACACAUACUCACUUCUUAUGAGGUCCCGUUUGUCCGUUUUUUCCACUUACGCAUCAUGCCUUUGGUGUCAAGUCUAACCUGUUUGGGUUUUAGGGGACCAGCAUUCUGCCGUUCGGAACCUUGUUUCCGCCUCUGUGUCCCACCCCACUCCUCCUCUUCUUUCUCCUCCUUCUCCCUCUCACUCUCCCUCCGUCUUGACUUACAGCCCCGUGUAGAUCUCCGAUCUUGAUCUUGGCAGUGAUCUUGAUCUCCGAUCUUGGCAGCGACCUUAGCUGCCUUUUGUUUCAGCCUGUGCACUUGAUGGGCCGUCAGAGCGUCCAAGGCCUGGAGACCCGUCCUCACUCACCCGGCAGGUGAGCGACGGCGAGGACCACAGCCAAGCAGCCCUCAGCCUACGCUUUUCCACUUCCCCGACACUUCUUGGGACACCACUUGGCCUACCGUGUCAGGGUGAAAUAGAUCCCGCUGGGGCACAGGUUAUGAAAGCGUUGGCAGUGACAGCCCAGUAGCAGUGCUCGGGGAAGCGUCUCUGUCAGGAGCAGUCUGACACCAGGGGAGCUCCGGCCCUCCCUGUCCCGGAAGACAGGCGGUUCGUGCCUGUGGUCGGAUGCGUGGCAGUGUGCCGAGUCCUGACGCUUAAGCAAGCGUGUGUGAGGCGACUGGAGGGAAUCCGGGAGGGCUUCCUGGGGGAGAUUCCCCACACACAGCUCCCAGCCUCUUGGAUCGCCAGGCCACCCAGAGAGCCCACACUGACGGCUGUGCCUUGGGAGGGGAAAGGAGGGCAUAGGGUCUGUUGGAUGUGGAAGCCGUUUAAACCAGCUGACUUCCCCCCUUCCCCUCCUGCCCUCAGCGCCUGCUCCAGGACCCCAGGGAGGGGUGGAGCACCAGCCCACGGACUGCAGUGGGCCCGCGCUCAAGACAGGGGCUGUCCUCACCCGUCACCUGGGCCUCAUGCUUCCUGUCACCUUCCUCUGGGAGGAUACCAUCCUCAAACAUGGAAGGGGCGGGGGGCCCGGGGCCUGGAGUGGAAAGAGCCUCCAGAACAGGAUCCUUUCCCUCCUGGGAGCGCCAGCGAGUUCCCCGUCCCCGGCCUCUGGAUUGUUCUUCUCAGCCCAGACAUUCUUCCUCCCGAAAGCCACACGGCGCUCGCACAUGCUCGCGCGCUUUCUUCCCGAUCGCUAAGCCGAUGCCCGUCCAAACCAUCUCCUGCCCCAGAGCACCCGACAGACCACAUUUCCCGGCCCCCCUGUGUCUAAGCAGGGCUGCGGGGUGUGCACCCCAGUUUUGUGUCCCUUUCAGAGGUGGCCAAAAGAAGGCCUGCGUUUGCCCUGCUCUCUCUGCCUUUUCUGAGGCAGCAUCGGAAGUGACACGCGGCGACGGAACAAGAUGGAAAGAUCCCGGAUCCCCGGGUCCGGACCCACAGAAGAGCUGGCUGCCCGGGUGAGCCUCCCCACCAGGAGCCCCCGCGGUGGGUUUUGUGUGAGCGAAGUAAACGUUCAAACCUUUUAUUCUGGCAAAUCACCGAGAUUUAGGUUUGUUUUUUUCUCAAAUAACUGCCGGAGUCGUUUACCCCACACAUCAUGUAAAUACCCUGGAAACGGGCCACAGAUAGGAAGUGUUCGAUAGGUGGCAAAGAUUACCGUGUCUACGGCUACCGUAUUUGUUAGCUUGAGUCCAAAUCGUCUUCCGCUUCGAUUUGAAGGGGACCACGGAAAAUGUCACCCGGGCUUGCUCCCUUCAGCCUCCGGGGAGAGUCACCCGACGGGGCAGGCGUCCCCUGACCGCUCGCUGUGGGAGUGAUCCCCAUCCCUUCCCGCCCCCUUCCUCGUUUCUUCCGAGCAGCCCUCGCGUUGGACGCCGUCAGCCGCGCCCUCUUGACACCCACGAGAGUGUCGGCUCCCAGAAGGCAGGGACUGCGUCUGUCCGGGGCACUGGUCUGUCCCCUCGCACAGCGCGGGCACUCAGUAACCUUUGCCAGAUGUUGAUGAGAGAAAGAAAGCCGGGCUCGGGUUUCUGCUCUGCCCCUAGACAGGCGACCGUGGGCCAGUUACGUGGUCCGCAUGAGCCUGGAUUCAUCUGGGAAUCGGGCCAGUAGUUUGGCCGUGCAGGCGCGCGAGUCCUGCGAAGGACCACACCAGGUAUUUAUUGUGCGCCUACUGCAUACUGGUGCUUGUCGCCAGGAUACGGUUCGCACGUCGAAUGGGAGAGGGCCAGACGGCGCAGGCAGCCUUGUCAGUGACUCCAGUGCAGGCACGAGCGUGGAUGCUGGGGGGCAUAGUCGUCCGUGGGGGGCCUGUUCUGUCUCCUGCCUCUCUGACCCCCUCCCGUCUCUCGUUCCCACAAAGAUGAGAUUCCGAGAAGAAUCCAGAGAUUUGAUGGCAAUGCCGUGGGGUGGCCUGCCCUCUGCAGACACUGCGGAACGGCCUCAGCGGUACGUCGGGACCUUCUCGUAAUCUUCAGCACGAGAGAUGUAAAACCCCGUCUCAGGAGUGGAAGUGUUCUGAAGAGAAUGUCAGGCUCACAGGACACCGCCCCAUUUCCCAGUCCUAUCUGCGUUUCUGCGAAUAUGCCGCACCUCCCUGCCUUGAUUAGGACGGGGCCCCUCUUUUGCCAUGGCCUUUUGAUAUUUGACUUUGCACUCGAUGCCCCUAAAGCUAAUAGGCGCUGGCCUUUCAUUUCCAAAGGGUAGUUGGUCAAAUUAAUGAUCGCCAAAAGGCCAUAGUUAAUUUGCUGUCCUUCCUGUUUCUUUCCAUUAGUUUGCAAACCGGCAAAGUUCAGGAAAACUUGGGAGCAUAAAAGAGUAGGGAGCUAAUGAGGAAGCCGGCGGGUAGUUCUAGACUUUUCCAAAGACUUGGGGGCCAUAGCCAAGGGAUGGUCGUGAGAUUAGCGAGAGAAACCAGCUCCCCACGCGGCCGAGUCCUGGCCGUGGGCCCGCAGAGCCCCGGACAGCCUUUGAGUGGGUGCGUGUGUGACGCCGUGUAACUUGUCUUCAGCCCUCCGUGAGGGAUCCCAGGCCACGCCCUCUGCCUCAGCUCCAAGGCACCUUGCUCUUUCCGCAGGGGGAAGGGCUGAGGGCUCCGGGGAACGAGAGCACCCCUGCCUCCUUUCUCAGAAUAUAAAUACCGAUGAUCUGAACCUAGCUUGUAGUCGUCCAGAGCAAAGGGCUUUCACUAGCAUUUCCAGCUAAGCUGCAAAACACAUCGAACCGCUCCUCGAGGCAGAGAGGCCGGGGGUUCUGCAGCCUGAUGCCUCGGUGCCCCAAGGCCGCCAGGCACGUGUCAGCCAUGCCAUCCCGCCACGAGCCGUGUCUGUGAACGGCACGCGCCCCGCGGGAGCACAUGAUGACAAGAAUCCAGACACCUUGGUGGCGUCACCCUUCUUGGGAUAAAAUGAACGUCACCCUGCCCCUGGAGAACGACCCCUCACCCCCUCCUCAGUCCACGUGCUUCAGUUAGAGCCCUGGCCAUUCUUAGCCCCAGGCCCGCCCCUCCACACACAGACACACCCUUGUCCGUGCUGAACACCAUGCCAGUGGGCAAAGAACCAUUUAAAGGGCCCCGAUCCAUCUUCUAGAUCAGGCGACGAAGGACGAACUCGGAACCGAACGGCAGUAAGCUGGUGGCUGGCAAAAGGAGGCACCGUGUUAAGUGCCUCUGAGGUAUUGCAAAGGAUCAUCCGUUCCCAGCCUGGGCUUGAUCUUUGCCCGGAGGCCAGUUUUUCCAUUGGAGAUUCCUUUGCCAUCUGGAGAAGCCGGGAAUGAGAAAACAGUUUUAUUUUCAAACCCGGCAAGUUACGGCUCUUUUGCAUUUUCCUUUCAAUUAAAAACGGAAAAGUUUCCUUUUUAACCCAUCGUGCCUCUUGCGUCUUGCCGUGGACAGCUGGAAGAAACGAAGCACCGGGCCUCGACGUCUCCCUCGGGGGGGCACGCGCGUCCUGGGGCAGAUGCCCUGGUUUCUGCUUUAUCACACUCCACUGCUGCACACUGACCAGCGCCACGUUCACGACAGGCUCCCCUACCCCCUCCUCCCGGGAACCUUUCCCUCGCUCCCCUUUAAGCCCUCUCCAGAGGCUCCCUUGGGCCUUGGUUUCCCCCCCCCCCCCCCCCGCCUUGGGCCUCUCCACCACAUGGAGCUGGGCCCCGAGCAUCAACGUCCGAAGAAAACCGUGUGGACACUGUAUCGUCUUUUCUACGCUAGCCUGGGAAAUUAUAUAGCAUCGCUUCAGUCAGCCUGUCACUAAGGGUGGCCCAGAUUCAAGGGAGGGGACCCAGACCCUGCUCUGAUUCAGAGGGGUGUCAAAAAUGUGUGAGCCUGUCUGAAAGCCCAGACAGGGCCCCCCCUCCCCCCCACCCGCGGUCUCUUUUCCUCUUCAGUGCCGUGGGAUACUUAGCUGCCAUCUUGGACCAUGGAGCGGUCUUGGGAAUGGAGGCCCUUAGAUCAGGAAGGGGGCUUGGGAAUGGAGUCCACACGUGCAGAACAAGGUAGAACAGGCUCGAUGCCUGAUGGGCUCCACGCCGGCCCUGUCUGCCCACCUCCGGGCUCAGCGAACGAGAAGAGUAAACUGUGUUGCUGAAGCUGCUGUUACCUUGUCUCUGUCGCUUACGGCCUAACCCUGUCCUAACUAACACGCCCCUGUCCCUGGCUUUCUUGGCCCUUAACACACCGGACAUGCUCUGUUUACUCCUGCGAGUAUUGGAUCAAUCUGUCUGUUACCCCCAGUAGGUUUUAAGCACAUAGUAGGUGCUGUUCCGAACCUAAGCUUUUUUGAUGGCUUGCUUCAUGGUUAGCUGAGGGUUAAGGGGAUUAACGGAAAACCUUUCCGCGGGCUGUGGAGCCCAGGGUCCAGACUGAGGACCUUGCCGAGCGGUACACACAGUGUGACUAAAAUAGCGGGGCUCUGAGGGCGAGCCGGAUUGGUGAUUACUUAGAUGCGGCCAGGGUACGUUUUUGUUUGCUGUCUGGAUAAAGGUUAGCGUUUUUACACUUUGUAGCACGAAUAGCAUCAUGACUUAAAUGCCACGAUUUACAUGACUCAGUCCAUGUACUUUUAACAUUCUGUCAUGUUCCAUUUUGCCCCUUCCAGGGCGGUUCACGCGCCCCUUUCGUCAGCCUCCCCUCCCCUGAGUGCACUCAGGUCAGUGUCUUGUGUUGACUGGAGACAUUGUUUCCAUUUGAAUGUGUUCUGACUCAGGACGUGCCAGAGCCCCCUGCCUUCCCAACAGCCACACUUCCAUUCUUCCUUCUCAUAGCGCUCCCCCUAAGAGCCUGGGAUAAAGACUUCCCGUCCCAGCUCCUUUGCUUUGCAAAUCGGAGUGACCGUUGACGUGUGACUCUAGUUACGUAUAACUGCCAGGAGGGGUUCCUAAGGGGAUGGCGAGAGGUGGGAGGGCGUUUCGGCCCCGUCCUCCUUCCUCCCGGCUGAAGCGUGGACGUGAUGGCUGGCACGCAGGCAGCCGUCACGGACCACGAGGUAGAAGCCACGUGCUGGGGAUGGCAGAACAGCAAGAUAGAGGGCGUCUGGCUCUCUGGCAACUUUGGCAUUCCCUCCCCGGUCGUCCUUUAUGUGGGCGACAGCUAGGCCAUCUCGUCUAAGCCGUCAUUGUUCUGGCCCCCGCAUCACGGCUGAAUUUGACCCAAAUGGAUCCAAGGAUGGCCGGCGGAAGCUGGCUUUUUUACACAGUCCUCAGUCUGAGCUGGUUUUCCUGUGUCUUUCUCACCUUCCCCAGGAGCUAAUUGAGAGUUCCAGUUAAUUGCCUUUUUUUGUUCCUGGACGUGGUGUUAGUCACAGGCGCACGGAAGGCCCAGCCCGUGCUGAGAGCUCUCCUCCUCCUGUGUCAUGUUGGCUGCUGGCCCCAAGAUCAUUAGCACCCCGAUUCCAUCAGCGUCUCCCGAGACCCGCACGAUUUUGGCGUCUGCUUGGUGUUUCACACCCGCUGAAGGUUACUGAAUCCAUCUUUAGUCAGGAAAAGCGAUUUAAUGAGCGCGUUUCUGCCUCAUGACGAGAAAGGAGCUGAGCGCGUGCGCGCCCAGCUGCAGUCAGCCCGGUGGCUGCCCGUGGCCUCUGUGCCGAUUUAAUUUCUUGGCUGGCGUUGGGCAAAUAGAGCAGGCCGGCUUUCUCUGUGCUCCUCCCAGGCCCCCCCCCACGCCCCGGCCCCUCAUGCAUUUUUCAUCUCAGCUCCCCACUCCCUCUGCCCUGCGAACAGUAUCGAUCGGCUGAUUAAGCCAUCAAGUCACAGCAAACAGCUCUCCUUCUCUAACUCCAGGGCCUUGCUCCUUCCUUCCCUGCGCCGUGUGCCUCCUGUGCACGGUACAACGUAUCGGGCAGGUGUUUCCACGGACCUCGGCAUCCCCCGCCCUUGUGGUGUGGGGGUAAUCAGCAGAUGAACUUACCAGAAACCGGGCCCUCGACACCUGUCACCGAAAUGGAAUACUUGGAGGCUGUAUUUUGAAAUCAAGCAUCUACAGAUCCCCUCUGAUGACUGAGGACCUAUUUAAAACGAAAUAGGUGGCUCAGUCGGUUAAGCAUCCAACUCUUGGUUUCGGUUCAGGUCAUGAUCUCACGGUUUAUGAGUUCAAGCCCUGCGUUGGGCUCUGAGCUGACAGCGCAGAGCCUGCUUGGGAUUCUCUUUCUCCCUCUGUCUCUCUGCCCCUUCCCCCCUUCCCCAGUCACGUUCUCUCUCUCUCUCUCUCUCUCUCAAAAUAAACUUAAAAAAAUAUAUAUUUUACAACUAAAUUCAGUAUUAGUUGUCAUCGCUGUGUAACAAAUUGCCCCAAAGCUUAGUGGCUUAAGGAACAAACCUUGAAUACAUCACAGCUUCUGCAGGUCAGGGAUUCAGGAGUGUCUUUGCUGCAUUGCUCUGCCUCAGAGUCUCUGGAAGUUUCCAUCAGAAUGGCAGGGACAGUCCCCAGAAGGCCUGACUGGGGCUGGGGGAUACGAUUCCUCACUCGCCCACACGGCUGUCAGCAGGAGGUCCCCCUUCCUCGCCAGCGGGCGCCUCCGCUAUGCUUCUGGAGUGUCCUGCUGGCGUGGCCUCCCCCCCCCCCCCACCCCCCCGGCGAGGGGUCCGGGAGAGCAAGCAGGACCCCACAGCGGGUGCUGCAAACCUGGCAUAACCUAGUGUCCCUGCCUGACACCUGCCAGCCUCCUCAGUCACCUCCUCCUUCAAACACUGUGCUCCUCUUGGCGUCUGCCCAACCCUCCCGGGUUCCUCCAGGGCGCAGCUGUCUCCCAGCCUGGCUCUCCUUCCCCACCUUGAGCUGCGGGUGAAUCCUGCCCUCUCCCUUCCCCAGCUCACGUGGGAGAGGGCGUCUCCCCUCUCAGAGCACCCCGCCUACCCGUGCAGUGCCCUGCAGCGUGGUCCUGUGCUCCCCGUGUGCGGAAAGGCGGGGACCGUCGCCCGUGCGUCCGCAGCCCCUCUUCCGGGUCUGGCCUCUAGUGGGUGCGUCCUGCCCGAAUGAGGGAGCCCUGAGUUCACCUCUUGCUCAGGCCUCAGGGGCCACCCUGUAAAAUCUACCAGUGUGUUCCUUCGCUCCUGGGUGGCUGGGAGCAGGAGAGGGAAACUGGUGCCGGGUGUGGGGGGAUUCGCACCCCAGGACGAGGGGCUUGUCCCCAGCUCCCUGGCGGGGCCCCGUGUCCCCGCCUGGAUCCAGGACGGAACAGGGGGCCACCUCUGCUGCCGGAGGGGUUGGUCUCGGUGGUUUCUGUGGCUCCACACCCCAAGGACGGCACAGCACGGCUGCCCGCUUCCCGGAGGCCCUUCUGCAAGUCCGCGCUAAGGAAGGGAGCGCCUUUUCUGGAAGCAGAGGCAGAGAGAGGGCCGCCCCUGCAUUCACGCACCCUCACUGUGUUUCCUCCGGGCAGCCCAGCAUAUCCUGGGCUGCGCACCUUUUCCUGAAAGGGAAACCCAGAGACGGAAAAGCCUCACCGUUGAUCUGUCCCCCCCACCCACCCACACACACACCGAUGGUUCCCCCACGAUUGCAUCUGUCUGCAGCUCACCUUCCCCCAAGUGCGGCCCGAGCCAUCCCUGCCCUCCAGCUCCCGGAGGAGCCACUGAUGGUUCUCUGACCGUCGCCAAGCAAGAUCCUUUCACAGCCAAUUUCAAGGGGUUAAUGGGAGGAUGGAGUGGAACUUAUUUACAACACCGACUCCUCUUAGAAUAGCUCUCACCAGGCAUUUCGCGGCAAAGUUCUUCGAUUUCCCACCCAUGUCCUUUCCCACCAUUACUAAAUACCAAGAGAUAUUCUGGUCCGUGUUCCCACUCUCCCCAGCCCUGAUUCAUGCAGCUGUAUGUGCUGGGGAGUAGGAGACGUCAUCACCCUGCCACCCGUGAACUUGGAUGGGCGGUGACACCGACAAGGGCGUCAGGAAAGAAGCUGGCAUUUCAGCUCAGAACAACUUGCCUCUCCAAACAUCACCAGU